AUGACACUUGACGUUCAAGUUGGUACGAAAUGCGGAACGAUAAACGGAACCAGCGGCGGUGGUAGCACACAUCCUCCUCUGUUCGACUCACCGUCCAAGUACGGCAUUCACCACACGGUUGCGACGUACAUACCUACGGAGCAGCGCUUUCGGUGGCAAGCAGGUGCUGCUGCUUCAGAUGCUCUCUACACACUUCCCACCAGCAUCGGUACAAGUCCAAAGAAGAGCUUUGGAAACAGCACGCGUGAGGACUGGGACUUCGCUCGCAAGCGUGCUGAUCCCGGAGCUGGACCAGGCUCAUAUGAACCGGCAACGUCGUGCGGUAAACAAGUGAGUUCGGAGCAUCGAUCUGCCGGCUCGUCGGCUUUCGAGAAUGCGCCUCGGACUCCCCUGCAAGAGAACUCGACGCCCUCUCCAGGCCCAAUCUACGACCUGCCGCCAGUCAUGGGUCGAAGCUCUCCUGGACCCAAACAAGGCACGUCACUACGUCCGCCACUUCACAACAAGAGCAUCGGCCCAGGACCAAAUCUCAUGCUCAAGGGCUCAUUCCAAGAGUGCCAGCAAACCGUAUCCCCAACUUUCGGCAAGGAAGCGCGCCUUAGAUCUGCCGGCUCGCAGCAAACGCCUGGCCCCAUUUACGACUUGUACCAUACAGAUCACCGUACAGGUCCCCACAUCACCUUUAGCCGCGCCAAGCGAUUCUAAAACACUCAUUACGAUCAGCGAAAAUUUAUCGUGUUGAAGUUGCCGAAUUUAAGCUUAUUUUCGAUUAAGUAUGACUUCCAAACCGAAAUUAAUUUUAAUUUCGUUUUUAUUUUCGAACAAAAACGCGGGAA